GUAUACUUAUUGUCGAUAUUUUCCAUCAUUGAGUUCUCUAUAUACCGUGCAUCAUUGGAAACGGAUCAUUUCAAAAAGGCAAUAAUUUUCAUCAAAUUUAGUAAGGCCGUUUAUAGAAAAUGGAAAUUUCAAAAGGAACGAGUUGUUCUCAUGUGCUGAGAUAGCAUAUAGAGAGAAUUGGUGAACAUGAAAUUCUUUGAAGUCCUCCCGGGGGAUUUGUUGUGAGCUAGAGGGACUUCAGGAGAUAGUGUCUUUAUAUAUCCAAUUAUGUCAGAAGGAAUAAGAAGAAUCAACACAUUUGUGUCCACCAAGAUCAGUUGUGUGAGAUGGCGUCCUACACCACAAGACACUCUGACACCGUCCAGCCAGUUUGUCUCUGGAAGCUGGGAUGAUGAGGAGAACUGUCUGCAGCUGUGGCAGUGGUCUGACUCUGGGGACGAUCCGCGCUGCCUGCACCGGCUCCCCUGCCGACCAGACGUCAACUGUCUGUCUUAUGUCUCGCUGGACGUGUUUGCGGCGGCCACCUCGGACGGUGACGUCACGCUCUACCGUCACGUGUCCGAGCGACUGGAGCCGGGCCGGCGCUGGGACCGACUUCACCGCACAAAGCGCGGCGCGGCACCGUGCACCUGGCUCUCGGCGUUCGAACAGGAGCUCGUCUCGGUAGGCGACGACGGCAGGAUGGUGGUGCUGAACAUGCACUCACAGAAACCCGGACGAGUCAUCGCGGCGGACACGUGCAGCGUGUACCGCGUGCAGCACGUGACCCACUCGCACGUGGUGACGGCCAACAUGCGCGGCCAGCUGAAGUCGUGGGACCUGCGCGCCGACAGCGACGAGCCCACAUCCUCGGUGAUGGCCUCACAGCAGCAGUGUGCGGUGACGGCGCUGGCGCGCCACCCCACCCAGUACCACGUGCUCGCCUCCGGUGACGGAGACGGCGUCAUCUGCAUCUGGGACAUGCGCCAGCCGCGCUUCCCCGUCACAGAGCUCAAGUCGCACGCCGACGAGGUGAGCGACCUGCUGUUCCACCGGCUCUGUCCGGACAGUCUGUUCUCGGCCGCCCACGACGGCUCCGUCUGCCAGUGGAAUAUCGGCACAACGGCCAGCAGCGGGCUCAGCGCGCGCCUCCACACCUCCGGCAGGGAGCCGCCGGCGGACGCCGCGCAGACCUCGUGGCUGACGCUGGACGCCUCGAAGCGCUACCUGGACGUGCUAUCGCUGCUGCCGGCCGGCCCGCUGCCCGUCAACAGCCUUGACGUCAGCGAGGACCGGCUGGUGUGUGGCGGCGACAACGAGGUGAUCCACUGCGUCAGCCAGCUGACCGUGUGACGGCCGCCCCGCCGGGGCUCGCAGAGACAGCGGGGAGGGGCGUCCCCCCCCCUCGGCGCCGCGCCGAGGGGGAGGCUUGGCGAGAGCGGGGUGACGGAGUGACCCCUGGCCCUGACGGCGCUGCGCUGCGGCAACUCUCGGUGAGGCAUGGCGCCAGAUCUUGACGAGGGUCUUGUCGUGUCUCAUUGGUCCAUUUCAUUGCCACGCUACAUGGAUCGACGCUCUGCCGCGAUGCACUGAACCCGAAUUGCGCAGAUGCAGAUAUAAUGCGGAAACGAUUCGGCAUUGCGUAUAGUGUCAUUAGGUCAUUUACGGUGCCUGCUCAAGUGAAGAGCGGGUGGUCCCAGGCUGCGCUGAAGCGUAGGACGGGGAGGGGGGAUGAAACAUUGUCAUUGAUCAGCAAAUGUUCAUGAUGCCAGUUUGGGACCAUGCCAAACGGAUUUCUAAUGUCAUUUGUGUCGUUUCAAAGACACCUCGAAUGUGGUCCAGGCUGUUGUCGGCUGCCAUGAUAAUAAAUGCCAUUCCUGUUUUA